AUUAGAUUGACUACAGAGUAUCUGACAGAGAAACACUUCUCUUACAACAUUUAUUUCUGACUUCAACAUCAAGAUUCUAGAAGCAGGUGAUCAAUCUUGAGAGAAUUGAAUAAAGAUUAGCAUGCUUAAGAAGACAUUGACUUUCAAACUCUUACAGGUUCUUGAGAGUGUAGAUGAAGAUCAGACUUAUGAAGACUUCUGCACACAGCUUCAGACAUUGAAUGACUGUCUUAUCAAGCUCAAGAGUAUACAGAAUAGUGACAGAAGAUGUUACAUUUCAGUCACUCACACAUCUGCACUGAAGAAUAACAAUAAUGAUGCAGACACUAUAGACUGA